CCACGGCCACAGAACUGGCCCUUCACACACGGGAGACGUGGAAAACGACGUGUCAGGAUUACGGAAAACGCACAGACAGUCCAAAUGUGCGCAUCGCGCCGCGGCGCCGAGCGCAGGGAAAGUCCCGAACUGUCCGGAAAACCGCGGGAUCCGAGGGAGAACGCGGCCGGGCGGCGCUCGCGCUCGCUGCUGGCAGGGACUCGCGCGCCGCUCCUGCGCGGACGAACUUCCACACGCGAUGAUGUCACCCGAACUCUCGUGCUGCUCGUGGCGGGGCUGAGCUGAGCGCGCGCGCGCUCCGUCUCCGGAGUCGGACUCGGUGUCGUCGGCCAACCCUCCGUAGCAGCCGGGAGGAGCUCGGGUUCGGUCAAACAGGAAGAGCUCUUUGGUUUUUCUUGGACUGCGUUGUGCGCCGGCCCAGGACCCCGAGACGGAGCCGACUUGGGUACUGGGGAGGCUGUGAAAUAACACAGGUGAUACAGAGUCAGAUUAAUAAAGGCAGCUUUUGAUGCCAAUGGAGCACAUUCAAGGAGCACUGAAGACCCUCAGCAAUGGGUUUGGGUUGAAGGACUCUGCAUUUGAGGGUCCCUGCAUGUCCCCGACCGUUGGCCAGGGAUUCACCUUCCACCGGCGCUCGUCAGAUGAGGGCAAGACUCCUGACUCCAAGACAAGCAGCACAAUUCGGGUUUACUUGCCUAACAAGCAGCGCACAGUGGUGAACGUCCGUCCAGGCAUGACUUUACACAGCUGCCUCAUCAAAGCGCUCAUGGUGCGGGGCCUUCAGCCUGAGUGCUGCGCCGUUUUCAGGCUCCAUCCUGGCCAAAGGAGCAAAAAGUCCCGCGUGGACUGGAGUACGGAUCCCGUGUCGCUCGUUGGGGAGGAGCUGCUGGUACAAGUGCUGGACCACGUACCUCUGACUACGCAUAAUUUUGUUCGGAAAACAUUUCUCAAGUUGGCCUUUUGUGACAUAUGCCAGAAGUUCCUUUUAAAUGGUUUCCGUUGCCAGACGUGCGGCUACAAGUUCCACGAGCACUGCAGCACUAAGGUUCCUACCAUGUGUGUGGACUGGAGCAACAUCCGGCAGCUGCUGCUGUUUUCAAUUCCAGGAGAAAGCGGAGGUCCUUCUCUCCCUCCGCUGACCACACGUCGCAUGCGCGAGUCUCUCUCCCGAUUUCCGGUGAGCUCCCAGCACCGGCACUCUACACCUCACGCCUUCGACUGCACUGUUCCUUAUCCGCCGCCCGGAAGCGCUCUGUGCCAGAGACAGAGGUCCACAUCCACCCCAAACGUCCACAUGGUCAGCACGAACAUGGCUGUGGACAGCAGUGUGAUUGAGCUAGAUUGCCUGAACGCUUCUCCCAGCUCCUGGUGCCGCCGCUGUUGCCUCAAGAGAAGAAACGCAAUUCGAGUACACGAAUCAGGUGCUUCCCCAGGCCACAGCCCCACUGGAUGGUCUCAAUCCAAGACCCCAAUUCCCACGCAGAGAGAGAAGGCACCGUCCUCCAGCAUACAGGAGAAGCACAAAAUUAGACCGAGGGACAAGAGAGAUUCGAGCUACUACUGGGAAAUCGAAGCCAGCGAGGUGCUGCUGUUGUCUCGGAUCGGCUCGGGCUCCUUCGGGACUGUAUUCAAAGGGAAAUGGCACGGUGACGUGGCAGUGAAGAUUUUAAAGGUCAUGGAUCCUACACCAGAGCAGCUCCAGGCAUUUCGCAACGAGGUGGCGGUUCUGAGGAAAACGAGGCACGUCAACAUCCUGCUCUUCAUGGGCUACAUGACAAAGGACAGCCUGGCCAUCGUGACCCAGUGGUGCGAAGGCAGCAGCCUCUUCAAGCACUUGCACGUGCUGGAGACCAACUUCCAGAUGUUCCAGCGGAUCGAUUUCGCCAGGCAAACAGCACAGGGCAUGGACUAUUUACAUGCAAAGAACAUCAUCCACCGGGACAUGAAGUCGAACAAUAUUUUUCUGCAUGAGGGCCUCACGGUGAAGAUUGGGGACUUCGGCUUGGCCACAGUGAAGGCCAGAUGGAGCGGCUCUCAGCAGGUGGAGCAGCCAUCGGGCUCCAUACUCUGGAUGGCUCCUGAGGUCAUUCGGAUGCAGGACAGUAACCCCUACAGCUUCCAGUCAGAUGUGUACUCCUACGGCAUAGUGCUGUACGAGCUGAUGACUGGAGAACUGCCCUACUCGCACAUAUCCAACAGAGAUCAGAUCAUCUUCAUGGUGGGCCGUGGCUACCUGUCUCCAGACCUCAGCAAGCUCUACAAGAGCUGCCCUAAGGCAAUGAAGAGGCAGGUGGCAGACUGCAUCAAGAAGCUCAGAGACGAGAGGCCCCUCUUCCCUCAGAUCUUGUCCUCCAUAGAGCUGCUGCAGCACUCGCUACCCAAGAUCAACCGCAGUGCCUCGGAGCCGUCACUGCACCGCGCCUCGCACACCGAGGACAUGAACACCUGCACUUUGACCUCCACCAAGCUGCCCGUCUUCUAGGUCCCAAAUAAGUUGAGAAAAUGGACUCGACAACAAAGGAACUGUGCAAUUAGGAAUGAGUUCGAGGGAUUUUAUAGCAAAAUUUCACCCUGGAACACCAGAGAGCCUCAGUAAAGGAAAUCCAAGGAUACUAGCUCUAGCUGUUGUUAAAUACACCUAUUUUACCCUACCUUUCCUGGUUUCUUGGGUCUGCUAUGAAAAGUUUUUGUUAACUUUACAACAGGAGUGAAAUGAACCCUGAAAUCCAGCCCUGCACCUUUUCCGUGUGUCUCAGCAGCUGUUUCCACUGCAUUUCUUGUUUGAUUUACUCCAGUUUGCACCUUAUUCUCCUGUUUUACUGUUCCUCCCUUCUCCAGUAAGUUGUCAAGGUUGCCGUGAGUAUCAUCAGUGGGCAUUUUCAGCGGCUUACUAACCCACUGCUAAGUAAGCGAGUGCGAUGACAUUUGCCCUUUGUGAGCCUGUCCAAAACCGUCUGUCCUCCUGCAUUCGUUUGCAGCUUUGGUUUGGUUUUGGGUGGUUCUGCUCAUCACGCCGCUGUCGCACACGCAGCCCUCGCGGCAGUCAUGGCCGACUUGAAAGCACAAGUUGGGACUGUUUCAUUAUCGUCUUUUAUUUGGACUUUAAUAGGUUUCUGUCUGCUACAGCUCUUUAGAGAGGUUAAACAUUUUAUUGUAAAUCUGGAGGCGAUGUUGUUUUUCCGUUUAAUUUUAAUAAAGUAACAAA